AUGGCCCUGGCUGCGCAGCCGGCGAACGAUCGCAAGCGCGUCAAGGUCUACGAGCUUAAGAAUGGCGACUGGUUCGACCGAGGUACCGGCUUUUGCACCGGGACGAUGGUGAAUGAGGAAGCGCGCAUUUACGUCCAGUCCGAAGACGAGCCCAUACGCACUUUGCUCGAGACCCGCGUGACCAAAGAUGACGGAUACCAGAAACAGCAAGACACGCUCAUUGUAUGGACCGAGCCAAACGGUACCGACAUGGCGCUUAGCUUUCAAGAGGCUGAGGGCUGUGGGCAAAUAUGGGACUUCGUCAGUGAGGUGAAAUCACACCUUAUUUCGCUAUCAGGAACUGACCAUGGACACUCAGACGACGUCAUGGACAUGAACCCAAUCAUGCUCCCCGAUCCCGAACUCGGCAACCUACCCGAAAUCGAGCAGGUCAUGCGCGCGGCGAACAACACUCCACAGGGUCGCGACGCAUUGGCUAAAUUCAUCGUCCAAGCGGGAUACAUAACGAAGCUCGUCCCGCUCGUGGAGAUGGCCGAAGACUUGGAAAGCUUGGAAGAUCUGCACCACCUGUGCAACAUCAUGAAGACGCUCAUCCUGCUCAACGACACGGCCAUCAUCGAGUAUGCCGUGACCGAUGAGGUCAUCAUCGGCGUGGUCGGAGCGCUCGAAUACGACCCCGACUUCCCGAGCCACAAGGCAAAUCACAGACAGUAUCUGGCUGACGAGUCAAGGUUCAAGGAGGUUGUGAAGAUUGAGGAACCGCUUAUCAAGAAGAAGAUUCACUAUACAUACCGGCUGCAAUACCUCAAAGACGUCGUGCUAGCGCGCAUUCUCGACGACCCCACUUUUUCGGUUCUGAAUUCUCUGAUAUUCUUCCAUCAGGUUGAUAUCGUCCAGCAUCUGCAGGCAAACCAAGCAUUUCUCAAGGAGUUGUUCGGCAUUUUCACACCGCAGGAAAACAGUGGCCAAAGGAAAAAGGACGCGGUCCUCUUCAUCCAGCAAUGUUGCACGAUUGCGAAGAGCUUGCAGGCCCAAGCUCGUGCAAACCUAUACUCGAACUUCCUCAGCGGAGGACUCUUCAACGUCAUCACUUUUGCGCUCAGACAUACAGAUGCGGCCGUCCGUGUCGCCGGAACUGACAUACUAGUCGCCCUCAUCGACCAUGACUCCAUCAUGAUGCGGAGCCAGAUUUUCAAGGCCAUCAAUGACAAGACUAAGCCCCUAACGGACACGUUGAUUGAGCUCCUUCUGGUUGAGACGGAUCUGGGCGUCAAGGCGCAGAUGGCCGAUGCUAUCAAGGUCCUGCUGGACCCCAACGCCAACUCGGUCACCAUGGAGACACUUGGCCGUGCCAACAGCGAGUUUCUCGCCAAAGUCAACAGGAACAACACCCCAUCACCACAGACCGAUUCCUUCGUACAGAAUUACUAUGACGAGUCUGCGAAGAAGCUCUUCCAGCCGCUCAAGGAUUUGAAGGACCGUGAGUCGGUGGAAAAUCUCAACAUUCAGGAGGUAUCGCUGUAUUCGCACCUCGUGGAGGUCCUCUGCUUCUUUGUUCGAUCGCACCCUUUCAGGAGCAAGACCUUCGUCGAAACCCAAGAGGUUGCGUGCCGCGUGGCUCAGCUCAUGGCUUGUCCUGAGAAGCAUCUCAAGCUCACCGCGUUGAAAUACUUCCGGACCUGUGUCGGAUUACACGACGAAUUCCAUGACGAACAACUCACCAAGAACCGCCUGUUCGACCGAGUCCUUGACAUUGUCUACGAGACAAUGCCGCGAGACAACCUUCUUAACUCGGCAUGCCUUGAGCUUUUUGAAUUCAUCAAGCGCGAAAAUAUCAAGCCGGUCAUCACCCACCUCGUGGAGAACUAUCGAGAAAGAUUGGAAGGGAUCACCUAUGUUCCUACAUUCCAGAAUCUCAUACUGCGCUACGAGCAGCUGCACGAGCGACUGGAUGCCACCGCCCAGAACUCGUUCGCCAGCGACGAUACUGAGCCUGGCCGCAUGCCCGUGAAUGGCGGUCGUAUGCAAGGUCUCCGCGACAUGGAUGCCGAGGAGGAGGCAUACUUCGCUGGAUCCGACGAUGACGAGGAAGUCAGUUUGCCAUCGCACGCAGGGAAGCCUGCGGCCAACGGCGCUCGACCUCUUGUCGACUAUCCCGAGGAUGACGAAGAUUCAAUGGACGUGCUUCAAGAGGGCGUUGUCAACGCAACACCAUCGGUGGAGCAGCCACCGCCAGAACCGACAUCAACGACUCCGCCAACUCCGCCCACUUCGACAUCUCCUGUUGGGUCUCCGCCAAGUGAGCCACUUACAGUUCCUUCAACCCCACCCCCAGAACGCCUUUCGGAGAAGCGUCGCAGAGAAGAAGAUGACGAAGACGAGCUUGGGAAACUCUCGGCGAGCAGUAAGCGACGCAGCUCUUCGGUCAGCACCGUGGGCAGCAACAAUGGCACCGCGGGUGCGAAUACAGGGCUCAGGAGGAAAAAGAGCAUCAAUAAUGGGAAGGAUGGGCCGCAAAAGAUUGCUAUCAAGCUUGCUCACGCCGUCAAGAGCAAUGGCGGCGAUGACAAGGCCAACUCCGGCGAAUGA